AUGGCUUUAGUUGUCACAAAUAACUUUGGUUACCAAAAUAAUUUAGCAGAACCAGCUACUAUUCUCAUUAAUAAUAAGAUUUAUUUUUAUAGUGGAGAUAAUGCAUUUGCUUUUCUUUCCGACUUUUUUUAUCUUGAUGUUUCAAUUCAAUUUACAAUAAACGACAUAGGGUCAAUGCCCCGGGUUAAUCUUACCCCAACUACAGGUUUGCCAUCAAGAACUGGCUCAACUGCCUGUACCUAUGGUGAAGAUAAAAAUCGAAUUGUUUAUAUUGGCGGCAGGUUCAUUGUAGGAGAUAAUUUCACCACAGUUUAUGAUAUUACAACACAACAAUGGAGCACACCAAAAGUGUCGGAAAAUUUUACAGUAAAUAGAUGGCUUUUACAAUGUGUUGUUUCAGGAAAUGAUAUAUAUGUUUAUGGAGGAAAUAUAGGUCAAACAAAUAUGACUAGAUUAGAUACGUUGAGUUUAACUUGGACAGAAUUUUCUUCAGGAAUAUUAGCUCCUGUUGGUGUUCAAGAUUAUACUGCUAUACUUUUAAAUAAUGAGUCUAUAUUAUAUAUUGGAGGUCAACAAGGUGGAGAUGUUACAACACUUUCUUACCCUUUACUCGAUCAGGAAAUAUUCCUCAAUCAAGAUAUGAUCAUGGGGCAGUCUUUAUAUGCAACACAAUUUAAUCAAGUUUUAAUUCUUUAUGGAUAUCCCAACUCUAAUUCCCCAAUUGUGGCACUUGAUAUCAAUCAAUUUAAAUGGUCAACUCCUACAAUUUCAAACGGUGGACCAAACUUUACUUUAAGACGUUUUACUUCAAUACUAAUUGGAACCUAUAUUUUUAUUGCGUUCGGAGCAUCCGAUAUAAAUGGAAUUAAUAGCACAAAUAAUGUUUUUCUUCUUGACGUAAGUAAAAAAGAUAAUUAUGUAUGGGUCACAUUAUAUGAUCCUACAAAAAAAUUUACUUUAACUUCAACUUUGAUGCCAUCGAUGACUUUUAAUGCAUCAUCAUCUGGUACACAAUCUAAUACACCAUCUAAUGCUGGUACAAUUAUUGGUAUUGCAUUUGGAGCAAUUGCAGGGCUAAUAAUAUUAAUGACUGCCGCAGUUCUUAUUGUUAAAAGAUAUGGUCAUCCUCUUUAUUAUUCUGAUCCACAAAGGUCAAGUGAUAAGCCAAAUAACAAAGUCAUUGGUAGUCAAUCUCUUUAUUAUUCUGAUCCAAGUGAUAAGCCAAAUAACGAAGUCAUUGGAUAA